AGUUGCGAAUUCAAAGCGAUCGCGUUCAAAAGGGCUCAAUAAAAGCGCGUAGUAAACCGUGAGUGAAGGAAAUAAAAUGUUUCGAUUAUAAAAAUAAAGACUAACUAAUAAAAGCUUGAAAUUAAAAUUCGUGCAGUUUGAUGACUGGAUCGGAAAAGUAUUUUAUGAAUUGCACAUAAAGAAGAAAAAACAAAAAUUAAAAAACAAUAUUCAGAAAAUUGGAAAUUUUAUUUAAAUUAAAAGUAGAUAUAAUAUUUGUAUUAGUUAAAAAAAAAGUUGUUGUGUUUUUGAAAAAGUGAAAAAGUGAAAACAAUGAAAUCUAGUUUGGCCUUAUUUUUUCUGUGCUCACUAAAAAUAAUAACAAUUAAAGCUCAGUACAAUUGUGUGAGUCCAGAGAAUCAUUAUGGCCAGUGCGUUGCCUUCAAUUCUUGCCCACAGGUGGUGAAUGGUCAGAGAGCGCGCAAUCAGCAAUAUGUGGCAGCUGCACAACGAGCGUGUGGUGGCCAAUCGUUUUGUUGCGCGCAACCACAGCAGCGUCCACGCCCAGUGUCCCAACGACUGACCAGCCCGUUCGCAGCUCAACAGCAACAAAGUCGACGUGUACCUGCACCAAAUACACUACAAGUGCGGCGAUCUGUUGCAGCACAACCACAACAACAACUACAUCAACAACCACAGCAACAGCGAAUAAUACGUCAACAGCCAAGAAUUGAUUUUCGCAACAUUUUCGGUGUGAAUGAAUAUAACCAAGCUCAAUCAGGGUUUGUGGACUUUAGAGCUGGACAAUUCUGUAAUACUCCCGACAAUGCAGAAGGAGCUUGUAUGGAAAUCAACGAUUGCCAAGUGUUGUUGGGACAGUUGUAUCAACGUUAUACAGAUCCUAAUUUCGUUCAAUAUUUACGCGCUUCGAAUAGAAAUUGUGGCGGUAGCUCGCAUAGCGUCUGCUGCCCUGGUGGCGCACAGCCUUCACGUCCGGCGCCAGCACCCGCACCAAGUCCUGCGCCCAGUCAAGUAAGCUCUGCUGGUACUUGUGGCACUGUGCUGCGUACAUUUAAGAAGAUUGUCGGUGGUAAAGUGAGUGGCAAAAGUGAUUGGCCAUGGAUGGCAUUACUAGCCUAUCCGGAUGUCGAUCCCAGCUCGCCAUUCAAAUGCGGCGGGACUUUAGUGUCCUCUCGACAUGUUGUAACGGCGGCGCAUUGUAUACGAAGCGAUUUAAGCUACGUUCGUCUUGGCGAAUACGAUCUGAGCACAGAUACAGAAACCCAGCAUCAGGAUAUAAGCGUAUUGAAGCAAGAAAAACAUCCGAAUUAUAACACCGCUAAUGGACGUAAUGACAUCGGUAUAGUCUGGCUGCAGCGUGCCGUACAAUUCACCAACAACAUUAAGCCCAUUUGCUUGCCCAGCUCACAGCAGUUGCGUAGCAAAUCCUAUCUAAAUUACACACCCUUCGUAGCGGGUUGGGGCAAAACCAUGGAAGGCGGUACCUCUGCGAAUGUCUUGCAGGAGCUCCAAAUACCAAUAUUGGAUAACAGUGUUUGUCGUGACAGUUAUCAGCGUGCGAACCGUCUAAUCACAGCCGAUCAAUUCGACACUGGUGUGAUAUGCGCUGGCGUGCUAUCCGGCGGCAAGGAUACUUGCCAAGGCGACUCGGGUGGACCACUGAUGAUACCGGAGACCGUUGGUAGCACCAUACAAUUCUAUCUGAUUGGCGUCGUCUCGUACGGUGUGGGCUGUGCGCGUCCUCAAAUUCCCGGCGUUUACACGAGUGUACAGUAUUUUGUGGAUUGGAUUUUAGCGAAAAUUGCUACUUAAAGUUGUAAUUAAUAACUAAGUAAUGACUUUUGUGUUGCAAUAAAAUAAUAUUUAUAUUUAA